ACCGUUUGAACGUCUCCGUGCCUUGCCGCGGGGGUAGCUGGGAGUUGUAGUGUCGCGGCGCCAGUCCUGCUCCUCCUCUCAUGGCCGGCUCUGUGGGGCCGCACGGAGCAGAGGAUUGGGUCUUUGUGAGGGGCUGGAGAAGGCCGGGCACGGAGUGGCACAAGCAGCCAAGGAGACCAUCAUGAGGUGAUGCUUACAGAAGCUAAAUGACGCCUUUUACACAAAGAGGAGACGCAGUGAUUAAUGGCAAUGUGCUAGGGCGAAUCCAUUGGAAGAGUCCAAAAGCAACAAGACUUAAUUGCUUGCCAUAAUGAAGAAAAUCAGUCUGAAAACAUUUCGCAAGUCUUUUAACUUGAAUAAAAGCAAGGAGGAUAAUGAUUUUGUAAUGGUACAGCAGCCUUCAUUGACCAAUAACUUUGUGAAAGAUGACUCUCUGUUUGGCAGUUGUUAUGGCAAAGACUUGACUGGAUGUGAAAUAAACGAGGAAGACAAAGGUGGCAAAAAUAGACCAAAAAGUGAGAGCUUGAUGGGAACACUAAAAAGACGUCUUUCAGCAAAGCAGAAACAAAAAGGAAAGGGAAGCACAUCUGUGAACUCAGUAGAAGACGACACAUUUUCUUCUUCAUCUGCACCUAUUACUUUUAAAGACGUAAGAUCUCAGAGAUCAUUAAGAUCAACUUCACUUAGAACCCACCAUUACAGUCCAACGCCAUGGCCUUUGCGACCGACAAAUUCUGAAGAGACCUGCAUAAAAAUGGAAGUCAAGGUGAAAGCAUUGGUCCACUCCACCACUCCAAGCCCGGCACUUAAUGGUGUUCGAAAAGACUUUCAUGAGUUGCAAGCAGAUAAUGUCUUUCAGGAACAAAGCAAUGUGUUAAAAAAUACAGAAUCCCAUAACGGAGAUCUCCAUCUACAUAUUAAUGAACAUGUGCCUGUAGUUAUAGGACUUAUGCCUCAGGACUAUAUUCAGUAUACUGUGCCUUUAGAUGAGGGAAUGUAUCCUUUGGAAGGGUCACGCACUUUCUGUUUGGACAGUUCAUCCCCGAUGGAAGUUUCAGCAGUACCUUCCCACAUUGGAAGUAAUAGCUUUCACGAAGAGGAAAGUCAGGUGGCCCCGGAUGUAGUGGUGGCUCCGGACAUCUUUGUUGACCAGUCUAUUAAUGGUCUGUUGCAUAGUACUAAUGGAGUACUGUUUCAGAACUCCAGGGGAAGUCACAAUGAUGUCCCUCCACUUUCACCAUUACUACCUCCAGUACAAAAUAGUCAAGUCCAAAGGAACUUUUCAGGGCUUAAUAGCACAGAUGCACACAUGGCUGAAAACAUGAGGUGCCAUUUGAAUUUUGAUCCCAGUACUGCUCCGGGUGUGAGUCGCGUCUAUGACUCUGUACAAAAUAAUGGUCCCAUGAUAGUCACUAGUCUUACUGAGGAGCUUAAAAAACUUGCCAGACAAGGUUGGUACUGGGGGCCUAUAACACGUUGGGAGGCAGAGGAGAAACUGGCCAAUGUUCAAGAUGGCUCUUUUUUGGUUCGAGACAGUUCUGAUGAUCGUUACCUUUUAAGCCUAAGUUUUCGUUCUCAUAGCAAAACACUUCACACUAGAAUUGAACAUUCGAAUGGUAGAUUUAGCUUUUACGAACAACCAGAUGUGGAAGGACAUACCUCUAUAGUGGAUCUAAUAGAACAUUCCAUCAGAGACUCUGAAAAUGGAGCAUUUUGCUACUCCAGAUCCCGAGUACCGGGAUCAGCCACUUAUCCAGUUAGAUUGACAAAUCCAGUAUCGCGGUUUAUGCAGGUGCGGUCGUUGCAGUACCUGUGCCGUUUCGUCAUACGUCAGUACACCCGAAUAGACCUGAUUCAGAAACUCCCUUUGCCAAACAAAAUGAAGGAUUAUUUACAGGAAAAGCACUACUGAACUUGUGGGAAUCUUGCAAUUUUGCACUUUGGGAACAAAAAAGAUUUAAAUACAGUUUACAAACUUUAAUCGCUACCCGAAUAUUUUGCUGCCACACAAAUAUACUUUGGAAAAUUAGUGUAAUGCAUUAUUCUUUUCUUUUUUAAUUAGUAAAAGUUUUAAAACAUC